GCAACGGCAGAGAGUAAGAACAGGAGAGAGAGAGAGGCCAAUAAUUCGAGCAGCGAUUCGUGAGACUUGAGAGAGAGAGACCUCAGACCUGGAUCCAACCCAAGGUGGAGGCUCUGAACUACAAGACUCAACCGACCGUGCCCGUAUCUCAGCUCAUCGUCGACCUCUGCCCUCCUUGCCUUCUUGCUUUCUUACCCUUUUCUUCUAUCCUGAGAUUGUGUUGGAACACGCUGUCGUGGCAGCCAGGCCAGACAGUGGAAAGGCCGUCCUUUUCGUCCUUUUCGUUCCUCAGUGAGCCCCCCACUGCAUUCAAGAGGAUCAUCAGGCUCGAGCGAUCCCCGGCCGAAGAAGCUUUUGUAGUGACUCACGAACGACGGGCGCCUUACCUGAGACUUUCCACGGUAGAGACACGCCAGAAGAGACCGCACUGACUUUCUCGCGGCGGUUCAUCGCUGGUCCACGACCUCCGAUAUACGAGCGAAGGAUCGAAAGUCCGUCAUUCACCUCAAGCCCAGGCUGCCUGCCUGCGUGGCUUCGACUCGUUCCUUUUCCAUCUUCUACCUUUCCAUCCAUUCCACCCGUGUUCGUCGUCGUUGUUCCAAGUUCAGGCUUGAGCUAGUAGUAAUAGUAGUAGUACUCCUAUUAGGAUUACUACCUCCUCCCAUCAUAUCAGCUCACCAACUUAUUCAAUAGCUGGACGACCUCGGAAAGAAAGAGCCACGACGAAAAGAGUGAUUGUGAACUUUCGAUAGCCUCGACACAUUUAAGAAGUAUAUUGCCCUUGUAACGUGAACGGUUCCAUUUUCAAGAAGAGUCCUUGAAUAUCCGAGCUCUAAGGCUUGAAUACGCCCUCUCUGCCCCUCAGUGGCCGCCUUCGGCCUUUUGAUUGGUGGGUACCCGUGCGGGGAUCUACGGUUUUAUGACGGUCCCAGCCGUCCCGUGUACUCCCACCAUCGGAGAAAGCGCCAGUAAGGCCAAUAAGAUGGAAUUUCGCAAUGUCGUGUUCAACGCGGCUCGCGACGGCAAACUUCGUAGACUCAAGGUCUUCCUCGAUCAUAGACCCAAAGACGAGGUCAAGCAGCUAGUGUCUGCCAAGACCAACGGAGCCACCCCUCUGGUUUUAGCUUGUCGUAAUGGCCACAAAGACGUUGUUGAAUAUCUUGUGGAUAGGUGCCAUGCCAAUGUGGAACAACCCGGAUCUGUGACGUUCGACGGAGAAACAAUUGAAGGGGCACCGCCCCUCUGGUGUGCUGCAGCUGCCGGUCACAGUGCCAUUGUUCGCUUGCUCACUGACCAGGGAGCCAAUGUGAACUCAACCACGAAAACCAAUUCCACCCCACUUCGAGCGGCUUGUUUUGAUGGACAUUUUGAAAUUGUUCAGUAUCUCAUCCUCAGAGGCGCAGAUAUCGAAGUCGCCAAUCGACAUGGCCACACUUGCCUCAUGAUCGCUUGCUAUAAGGGUCACCUCAAAAUCGCCAAAUAUCUUAUUGCCAUCGGUGCAGACGUCAACCGAAAAUCUGUCAAAGGCAACACUGCCCUGCAUGAUUGUGCAGAAUCCGGGUCUCUGGAGAUCAUGAAACUUCUCUUGGCUAGUGGAGCUCGUAUGGACGUGGAUGCCUAUGGCAUGACUCCCUUGUUGGCAGCCUCCGUGACAGGACAUAUGCAUAUUGUGGAAUUCCUCAUCUCAAAGACAGACUUGGUCACACGGAAAGCACGAAUUGAUGCCCUUGAAUUGCUAGGAGCCACCUUUGUGGACAAAAAACGUGAUAUGCUCGGAUCAUACAAGUUGUGGAAACAAGCCAUGGAAGAAAGAGUUAUCAAUGGAGAGCUUGUAUACCCAAAACAAGUGAUAGCUUCCCCAAUCUCGGCCUACGAAAACACAGUGGAAGUGGCCUCCUUAGAUCAGCUCAUGGAUAUUAUUUCUGACCCAGACGCCAUGCGAAUGCAAGCCCUUCUCGUUCGUGAGCGCAUCCUUGGUCCCGCCCAUCCCGACACAUCCUAUUACAUCCGGUACCGAGGCGCCGUCUACGCAGAUAUGGGCCAUUUUGAGCGAUGUAUCACUUUAUGGAUGUAUGCCCUAGACAUGCAGCAGAAGAUGCUGGAGCCCCUGUGUCCAAUGACUCAGAGCUCUCUCCUCAGUUUUGCAGAGCUCUUCAGCUUUAUGAUGAGUGAGAACCGUACUCGUUCCAACGCUGGCAAUGAUCGAUCUCCGGUCAACUUUUGUGAUAUCAUGACCGUUUUCAACAAAGCCGUUGAAGAGGUACGAAUGGGUCAGCUCAAUGUGAGAAAAAACCCUUUGAACUCAAUUAGCGGCGAUCGUGAUAUUACUUACUUUAACCGAACACUCAUCAUCAUUCUUCAUCUCAUCUGUUUGCUCACGAAACUCAUGCCACACCUCAAUGAUGAACAAGUACACCAGGUCAAAGAGUCCGUUUAUCACUUCCUCAAGCUCAAUCCCCGAGGAAGGAAUGGCAACACUCCCUUACAUCUGGCCUGCGCCCGUGAUAGCUCUUCCGUAGGUCGAUAUCCCAUCUGUCAGUUCCCUUCAUUAGACGCAGUGCAACUCCUGUUAGAAUGCGGUGCGGAUCCCAACUCAAAAGACAAUGAUUCCAAUACAUCCUUGCAUGUAGCCGCCCAGAACAAACCGGCCAAACCACUCCUCGUGCAGACCCUGCUAGAUGCUGGAGUUCAUCUUGAUGCUGUGAAUUCUGAUGGAAGGACCUUCGAGUCCUUGCUAAAGGGCCAGUCCAUACACGAGGUGAUAAACCCUAUGCGCUUCACGAAACUCCAAUGUCUUGCAGCACAAGUGAUAAAGCGUGAGGGCAUCAAUUACUCAGAGGCAUUAUUUCCACAAUUGGAACGUUUCGUGGACAUGCACUGACCUUGCUCCCUGUCCAGCCAAACCAACCGACACCGAUCCGAUGACAUGAAACACCUCGAAAUGAACGAAACGGGAACAUCUUAGGGCAUUAAUCCAUAGUUUAUCAGCACCAAGCAAGAAACACGAUGAAAUAUUUCUUCUUGAAACGCAGGAGCUGACGAUCCAUUGAAAAGAUAUCACAAUUAACGAGUGUUUCAUUGGAAUGAACUCUAUCGGCCGGCACCUUCUUUUUAAGUAUUGACGAACCUUGACUUAGGGUCAAUGAUAACAAGGGGGUGUCGCUAGACGAUGACUGUAAGAGAAAGAAAAGUCAUCGCAGUGGUUUGACUAUGGCUCUCACGAGCACUUGGAAAAACCAACCAGACCCGUCUGAUAUUUUGAGACGCCGUCAUCCGCGUUGGGGUAAAUAACUCUAGACAUAACUCUAACCAUGUACACUCUGAGAUCUGAGAUAUUUAUGCACGACUAUAUUUUAUAACGUGCUUUUCAAGAUUUGCAACAACUAAUCAGUGCUUCGUUGUCAACGAAGAAAAAUAUUUUCUUAUCCGAGAGGUGAUGGCACUCCAUGACGCGAGUCUUAUUGGUCCUCAAGAUAUCAACUACACAUCAAUCCAUCCAUUCAACAACGUAUAAACUUUACACAUUAGCGUGUUCGAUUCCUGGAACCUCAAAUUGAAAUGGUAUUGUCGUGGGAUAAUAAAUACUCUAUGGAACAGA